AUGUCCGACCAUCACCACGCACCAUGGCUCCCUGAGCCCAAUGUCCCCCCUGCCCCUCGGGGCAAUAGUAUGACCUUUGGUUAUCUCGGCGUUUCUGACAAAGAUUCCAGCUACAGCAUCGUUAACCCGCAACGCGGUCAGGAUAUCGUUGUUGACGACAGAGGAUCUUCGAUCCGUUUCACGGCGCCAGCGCAACGCGCGUACGAACCCCUCGGAUACAUCAUGGGCCAAGCAGCAGCCCGCGGCAGGAAGAUUGGCGGCGUCAUUUGGUUCGAAGACGAAACACUCGCCGAGCACCCAAUGCCAGUCUUUGACCCGCCCGCAACGAUUGCCAACGAGCGGCACACCGCAUCCACGAACAGCAUCUCCUACGGAACAACACCCCCGACCAAUCCCGGCCCGGUACGCCAGGCCGUCCAGCAACAAGACGCGCCCAGUCCACCGACACAGCAGGCCACGCCCGACUUUCCUCCGAGACAACAAGACCCGCCUAGCCUGCCGGAACCGCAAGCCGACCUCGGUUCCCCCCCGGGACAAACUGUCCAGCAAGAGGACUGGCCGAGUCUCCCGCCACGGCCAUCGACAGCCGAGAGCAGCUCGAGGCAAACGCAGAAGAAGCCAGCGCCGCCCCAGCUACCCGCCCCCACGCCCAAGCCUCGCGUGGGGAAGCCGAAAUUCGUCAGCUUCCCAGGGCUGUUUGGCGGGGCUGUACACGAAGAAAGUGUCGACGCGAGUGGUGGCAGUGACGCCGGUACCCACGUCAGCCAGCUCCAGAGUCCGCCAAGGACAUGCGGCGAGACCAGCGCGGCAACGACCGCAUCCGAGAAACAGGCCUGGCAAACAGUCGAGAAGAAGAAGGGGCCAAGCGUCAUGCCGCACCCCUUCAGCGACAAGGAGUUGCUGCGCCACAACCGUUCGAGGAAAUGCGCCAAUUGCGCAAAGAAGGGACACAUUGCAUUGGACUGUGUGCUCCCUGCAUCGAGAGGCUGCAUCAAUCUCUGUGUCUGGUGCAACAAGAGCGAUCAUUCAUUCGAUGAUUGCAAAAACCCAAGCAAGCCCACGGAUAAGGAACGCCUUUUCCAUAUUCUCGUGGUCCGACGAGCAAACAAGUGCCCGGUCGAGACAAGCCAGUCUUGGUGGGACCUCUGCUCAGAGGCCUCUAGGAUCAACGAUCCCAGCUCGAAUGCCAAAGACAUGGGCAACCAGUUCAGGUCCUUGUGUGAAUCCAACGUGGGGUUCCCAUGGCGUGCAGUGCUGGCUGACUGUACUUUUCUUAUAGAAAUCGACGAGUACGACUACGUCGAAGACACCAAGCGCAGAGCAUCAACCCUCCCGGUCGUCGACGCGUACACCCACGACUCGGACCUCCUCUUGACCCGCCACGCACUUGCCUACGAGAGAGUUGGCGGCGUCCAAGCCUACGCGGCAUUUGCCAAGACUCGGGACAACGUCCCCUGCACCUCGCCAAUCCCAGACAAGUUCAACAUCAGGUUUGCCAGCUUUGUCUGGGACAAGAUGGAAGACGAGGUCGACAAGGUUUACAAGGUUGACAAGAUUGACAAGGCUGACAAGGUUGAGAAGAUUGAAGAAAUUGACAACGUCGACAGCGAGUCCCGGCACAGCAUUACUGACAGGCCAGUUUUGGUCUCCCAGCCGUUUCCCUUGCAGAAUCCUUUCCGCGCUCUCCAAGUCGACAACGGCCAACGCGCCCACGACGACGACGACGAAGACGACGACGCAAUAUCUUACACUGAGAGUGAGAAAGCUAGAGCCGGUCGCAUAGGUCGCAUAGAGUGGGCGGAUGAGGUAACAGAUGCGAGUGCUCCAUUUGUGAGCAUGUGGUUGUGA